CCUCCCCUCCCCCAAACACAUGAUGAGCCACUAGCUCCGCCUUGCUGCCUUUUUAUGCCGCCCGGCCCGGCCGGGUUGCAAAGGGAAAGCUUGCUGCUGUAUCCUUCCUUCCUCGUCUUGCUCCGCCCCGCCGCCACCGGCACCGGCACCGGCACCGGCACCUUUCCUUUGCGCUCUUCUCUUCUCUCUCACCAUUGUUGCAUUGGCCGCAUGCAUGCAUGCAUCGCAGUGCCCCGCAACUUCCGGCUGCUGGAGCGCGGCGAGAAGGGCAUCGGCGACGGCACCGUCAGCUACGGCAUGGACGACGGCGACGACAUCUUCAUGCGCUCUUGGACAGGAACCAUCAUAGGGCCCCUCAACGUUGAAGGGAACAAGUUCCAGAUGCUGUCCAAGUGGCAGCGGGAGUACACGAUGGAGCACAUCCUGACGCAGCUCAAGAAGGAGAUGGCGGCGCCGCAGAACCGCAAGCUGGUGCAGCCAGCAGCCCCCGGAAGGGACUUUCUUCACCCAACAAGAAAAUUAAUGAAAAGAUAUAUAUGAUGGAUGCAUGGAUGUUUUCGUGCUAGUAGGCUAGCUCCAAUUAAUUUCUUCAUGACCGUACCGUACUUGAUCAAAGAGGCUGUAUGUGUUGUGUGUACUUACGCAGUAGCUAGUAGUGUCGUAUUACUAUUAGUACGUAUGUGCGUCGUCGUCUUAUUAACUUAUUGAUCCAAUUGGUAAUGAUGAUUGUUUGCUUGCUAUAUACAUACAAAUUAAA